CUUCUCUUAGUGGUUAUAAAUGUUGUCAACACAGCGCAGGCCUGGAGCAGCUAGCCCUUAGCUUCGUUCUUCGGGCAUUACAUCGUUUAUUAACCUUCUUGAAUCGGAAGCCCUGAUACAGGAGCCCGUUCAGCUGUUUCUUCACGUUGGUUUGCAACCGAGCUGUUGACCAAGGACCCCCUCCCGUACCAAGCGGUCCUCUUCUUCAGUCAGUGGAGGUGUGGACUGAUGUCCGCCCUGCCGACCCCCGCCACCCCCAUGCCUGCUGCGUUCUCUCUUCGCUGGCUCCAGCGCCAUGCCUGACCGGGACUCGUCCUACCUGUCAGCUGGUGGGGGCGGGGGCAGCCUGGGGGAGGAGGGGGGGCGUGGCUCGGGGUCAGGCGGGGGUUCAGGGGAAGGCCUAGUCGGCUCAGGGGCUGCAGGCUCCGUGGGGAUGGGCGGAGGAGGGGCCCUCGGCAACGGGAGCGGGGGUGGGGGCGCCGGCGGGGGGGCGGCGGCGGUGGCGGCGGCGGCGGCGGCGGCGGCCGGGCAGGUGGUGGACGGCGUGUGCCGGGACUUUGUGCGCAACGUGUGCAAGAGGGGCAAGCGCUGCCGCUUCCGCCACCCCGACUUCAGCGAGGUGUCGGACCUGGGCGUGCAGAAGAACGAGUUUGUGUUCUGCCACGACCACCAGAACCGGGAGUGCCUCCGCUCCAGCUGCCGCUUCGUGCACGGCUCCAAGGACGACGAGGACUGCUACAAGCGCAGCGGCGAGCUGCCCCCCCGGCUGCGGGGCAAGGUGGCGGCGCGCCUGGGCCUCUCCCCCACGGACCUGCCCCACAGCCGGGGGGAGGUGCCCCUCUGCCGGGACUUCCUGAAGGGCGAGUGCCAGCGCGGCAGCAAGUGCAAGUUCCGCCACGUGAAGAAGGACUACGAGUUCGAGCCCGCCCCCCGGGCGGGGGUGGGCGGGGCCAUCGGGGCGGGGAGCGGCGGCGGGGGCGGCGGCGGCGGCGGCAUGGUGAACGCGGGCGGGCCGGUGGGUGGGGGCGGCGGCGGGGGGGGCGUGGCCUGCGGGGGGAUGGCAGGGCUGGUGGGGGGGGUGGGCGGGGGCAACGUGCUGGGGAUGGGCUGCCCCAGCCUGGGGGUCCACCGCGAGGCGGCCAUCUCCGGCGUGGGGGGCGUGGGGCUGGGGGGCUGCCUGUCGCUGGGGCCCCUGGGGCCGCGGCGCUACGAGCGGGGGCCCUGCUCGGUGUACGACCCGCUGUUCGAGGGGGCGUUCUUCGAGCCAGGGCCCAUGGAGGUGCCCGUGGACCACGGCACGCUGCAGCUGAAGCGGCGGCGGCUGGAGGGGCUGCGGCUGGUGGACGCCAGCGGGGGGGGGCACUUUGAGCUGGGGGUCCCGGCCCCGCUGCCCCCCCGGCCCCUGGAGUACCGCUUCCUGGAGGAGGAGAACUGCCUGCUGCGCAAGAGGGUGGAGGAGCUGAAGAAACAGGUGUCCAACCUGCUGGCCACCAACGACGUGCUGCUGGAGCAGAACGCGCAGUACCGCAGCCAGGCCAAGGUGAUCACGCUGACCUCCACGCCGCUGCCCUCCGACAGCCUGGGGCCCGCCGUGGUGAGCUCCUACAACCACAGCAUCGCCCAGACCCACACCACGCUGAGCAGCGGGGGCCUGCAGCCCCGCGUCGUCACCCAGCAGGACCUGGCCUCCAGCAUCGCCCCCCCGGCCCCGCCCCCCAUCGCGGCCCCGCCCGCCAUCACGGCCCCCCACCUCAGCGCCGAGAUCACGCCCCUGGCGGCGGCCCUCGUGCAGACCAUCGCCCAGGGGCUGGGGACGCCGGUGUCCAUGGCGUCCGUGGCGGUGUCCGUGGCGCCCGUGGCGGUGUCCCUGUCCCAGCCGAUGGUGGGCCUCGCCAUGAGCCACGCCACGGCGGGUCUGACCAUGAGCCACGCCACGGCGGGUCUGACCAUGAGCCACGCCACCGCCCCCAUGGUGUCCUACCCCAUCGCCAGCCAGAGUAUGAGGAUCACCACGCUGCCCCACUAGGGGGCGCUGUGGGCCCCGUCAGCGCCCUGUGGUGGGGUCACCACGGUUCGAUGUACGAGGGACUAACGGCAUUACAGAGAAUGUAAUCAGGUUAGGAAGAGUGGACCUUGGCAACCAAAGGGGGAAAUAAAGAGAAAACAUUACAGCCCUCCUGAGCGUUGCUACGGACGACGAGCAACAGGACCGACAGACCAGGAAUAGCAUCAGGAGAAAUGCAGCGAGGCCAUUUGUAAUAUUUGAGGUAUUUCCAUGAGUCACGAGGGGAACAGAGCCCUCAAAGGUCGUUCUCAAACGCUCUUGUGUCAUUUACUGUUUGGUUUUUCCAAUAAGAAUUACACCUUGUUUCUGUUG